UGUUAGACUUGAGAAUGCACGAGGUGUGUAUGCUUCUUUUCCAUAGAAAGAAUUGGCUUUUUUGAAGGAUCGCCCUCCAUCUAGACCCUAGUUCCAUUUGAAGUGUUAAUUAUUGAACUAUCAUGUUUACUGYGGAGUCAAAAUUGUGCUGCAUUAUAACUGGAGCUAGCCGUGGAUUUGGUGCUUCUCUAUCAAAAGAGAUAGCAAAACAGUCUUGUAAAUCUGGCAAUUCUGUCUCUCUUGUUCUUGCUGCUCGGUCAUUAUCAGGGCUUGAGAGGACAAAAUCAAGUAUUGGUGAAAUUAAUUCAUCUGCUCAAGUUCACUGUGUGACUACAGACCUUCAAGAUACAGAAUCGCUUUCAUCCUCAAUGGAAAAUGUUUUUGGAAAGGUUGAUCCCAGUGAGUUUACUCAUGUUUUACUCAUUAAUAAUGCUUCAACUAUUGGAGAUCCAUCAAAGACAGUAAAGCACUUCAGUGACUUAAAGGAAGUACAAAAACAUUUUGAUAUGAAUGUCACCGCUCACUUCUAUCUUGUUUCCAGAUUUUUGAAUACUUUUCAUUGUGUCCCAAAGAAAUGUAUAGUGAAUAUUUCUUCACUUUGUGCUACAUUAGAGUGCAUGGGACUUUCUCUCUAUUGUACAUCAAAAGCUGCUGCUGAUAUGAUGUUUAAAGUUGUUGCAAAAGAGGAGAGGGACUUAAGCCAGAAGAAUCAGCAUCUAAAUUACUGAAAAUUCUAAUCAAAGAUGAGUUUUCGUCUGGUAGUCAUGUCGAUUACUACGACUUUGAGUAAUAGAGACGACGCGCCAAAUCMGUAUUAUUAUUAAUAUUAUUCGUAAGAGAUUUUAAAGUACGAUAUAGAAGGCAACGCAUGGUUGUCAAAAGGUCAGCAGGUACAUCGGUUUAUACAACUUAGACCGAUAUUUAAAUACGCGAUUAACUUAAUUAGGGGGUUAAGAGUCGUACACGCCAUAACCCAACACAAGGUUAUGCACUAGUCAAUUGGAACACCCCCCCCCCCCCGACCUCCGGGGAUUACCGGGGAAUUUAACGUUUGAGUGGUGUUUAAUUAAGAUAUUUUCCCCGGUAGUCGGGGGCACAUUCAUUGUUAAAAUCCCCGCUCCUGUUGCCCCGCUAUUUUGGUAGUAGUAAAUAACAAAAUAAAGACCUUUCAAUCAAAUUUUCUGUGAUACACAAGGUUAAUUUUUGCACAAUCCUGUGAACUCAUUUGCGUACUACAUGAGACUGGACGGAGAAAAACAGUCUCAGACAUGUUCAUUGCCCCGCUUCAACCCGAAAACAAUUCAUCAAAAUCCCGACCCCCCGGGGCAAUCUUGCUGUUAAAAGCACGUUAAACACGUGGCACGUCCCCGUUCAGUGCCCCGCUAGCCGCGAGGGUCGGGGGGCAGGAGUUUCAAUUGACUAGUGCAUUACACCACUUUAACCGUAAGUGUACGUGCUCAUGAGACAAUCAUAUGACUAACCUGUUGUAUCAACUGUUUAUUUGAUCUGUUGUAUCUUGCCUUUGAAAAUAACGCGGGCUUGUAUAUCGUACAAAAUACAUGCGCAAACCUUUGUUAAUAAUUCUUGAAACAUUCCUUAUAAAAACCGGUAUAAAAAUUUCUGUCCCUGAACACUAAAGUAAUUUAAAAAAAAGAACAUUAGCCUUCACGUUUAACAUGUCAGGGGCGGAUUCCGGGAGUUGAAAAKGGGGAAUUCCCUUUCCCCCCUCCUCUUUCUAAUUUCUUCAAAGACGAUAAUGAAAAAAAAGCAAAAUAAAACCGUACAUAAUUUUUUAGUGCGUUUUGUUUUUUGUUGACACACACGUCACAAUAUUGAGAAUCUCGAUAACGAUCGGAAAAAUUUUGUUAUAAAAAUGUUACGUUUUUAAAAUAUAUUUGGAUCAGUAAAUUCCCCACCCUCUGGACCCACCCUCUGGAACAUUUCUGGAUCCGACCCUGCAUGCCUUUCGCGCAUGAUCAGUGAGCACCAUUUUAUCAUUUAUCUCAAAACAUAUUUUUACGACGAUUUCUACAAGAAUCUUAACGGAGCUUUUUGUGUAUUUGAUUUAAUCGGUUGUAUUUGUUUCACGGAUUAAGGACGUCCACUCUAUUUAAUGAUAAAUAAUUUGGUCUGAGGGAACACAAAUGAUAUAUAUGCUUUUAUCUUGGGGAAGAAAUCAAAAUAUUGUAUUAUCAUGAUUAUUGGUGGAUUAAAAGAUCUAUUUUCUGUAUUUCUCA